AUUGUUGCGGGAAAAGUAACUUUUAAAAAAACAUUUCCAAACUAUAUGAUAUAUCACAAACGAAGUCCCUAUAAAAUUUUUUUCAUAAAAUGACCACGUGUCAGUUUAAAAAAAUUAGAAAUAUGAUCAUUUAUCAGAGUUUUUGCCAGAAUUUUUUUAUAGGGAGAAAAAUUAAUAAUAAUAACUAGACGUUAUAAUGGAAGAGAAUUUAUAUUGUCAACAAAGAAAUACUUUUACUCCAAAGGAAUUAGAGAAUUGUCCGGAAUGUAAUAAACCUAGGAUUUCUUUUGGAUGGUGUAAGGAAUGUGAAGCUAAUUCUAUGAAAGGAAACUUUCUUUAUUGGACAUCAGAAAAUGAAGAGAUUGACAAAUUAAUUCAACAUACUCAAUUGAACGCAACCCAAGUUUGUGAUUAUUUAGAAUGGAUCCCUUUUGAGAAAUUUGAAAUGGUUAAAUAUAUUGGUAAAGGUGGAUUUAGUAGUGUUUAUUCAGCCCUUUGGAUGGAAGGACCCAGGUGGAUUUGGGAUGACGGGGCGCAAGAAUGGUCUCGAGCUGGGCCAAUGAAUGUUGCCUUGAAACGUCUCGAUAAUUCACAAGGCAUUUCAAGUUCUUACAUUAAUCAGAUUAAAACAUACCAUAAAUGUUUACAAUCGGUUUCAUUAGCUGGAACAUUUGGUAUUACAAAAGAUCCAACAUCCAAUUAUAUGAUUGUAAUAAAGUAUUACGAAAAUGGCAACCUGUAUCAAUACCUUGAUCAUUGCAAUGGAAUUCUCUCCUGGAGAGACAUGAUCGAUAUGCUGUGGGGAAUAGCAGGAGGCCUUGAAAGGAUUCAUUCCGAAGGAAAAAUCCAUGGGAAUCUUCACGGAGGAAAUUUACUUAUUGAAGACGAAAAAGUUUCUACAGAUGCUCGAAUUAGUGAUGUAGGACUCCAUGGAUCAUGCAAUGAUGAGAAUAAAAACUCGAAUCAAAAAUAUGGAGUCUUGCCAUAUGUUGCGCCAGAAGUUCUACGUGGAGAAAAUCAUAGUACUGCCUCCGACAUAUAUUCAUUUGGUAUAGUUAUGAAUACACUUGCAACCGGAAGAAGGCCUUGGUAUAAUAGAGCACAUGACAUUAGUUUGGCAAUAGAUAUUUGCGACGGUAAAAGACUUGAAAUUCCUGUAGAUAUGCCAAAAUUUUAUUCGGACUUAAUGCAACAAUGUUGGGAUGAUGAUCCAAAAAAACGGCCAACAGCAUCCUAUUUAAACGAAAAGCUUGGAGAAUGGAUCAUUCUAAUAUGUGAUGAUCCAAACCCUUCAGAAAUUUCAGACGAGAACUCUGUAGCCGAGGAGAAAAGAUGGAAAAUGGUUUCUCAAUUGCCACAAAAGAAUUCUCAUCCUGAAAUACAUCCCGAAGCAUAUUAUACAAGUAUUCCUUUACCUUGCAAAUAAUUUAAGUCAUUAUACUAAUCCGAAAUUACCGAAAACAUUUAAAAUGUUAAAUUUAAUGAUUAACCAAUUCUAAUUUUAAUUACGCGUUAUUCAAUAGAGUAUACCUCUUUAUUUACUGUAUGUAUAUGUAUGU